AUGGCGGCCGAACCCGAAAAGGCGGUUAGCGAAAAGCCGGCCGAGGACAAACAACAGUCUCCGGAGCAAACCGCCGUCGCCAACACCGAUGCUCCAGUCAAGGAGGGCGCAUUGUCGUCUAUCAAAGGCGCCUUUGCCUACUUUCAGCUGCUCUUUGCCGCCCAGCCAACAUGGGUUGACAUUGGCCUCAUCAUCGUGGGCACCCUCAGCGCUGCUGGAGCCGGAGUUCCGUUCCCCUUGAUGGGCGUCCUGUUUGGUCAGCUCAUCGACAACUUCAACAGCGCCACAUGUGCGGCCGACACGCCCAACAUCGACCCGUUCCAGUACGAGAAGAGCAUCAACGACAAGGUCAUCACGACGGCGUGGAUCGGCGCAAUCGCCCUGGUGCUCAUCUACUGCCACUUGACGUGCUGGAACAUCAUCAGCCAGCGCCUUGCUCAACGCCUGCGCACCCGCUACGUCUCGGCUCUGCUGCGCCAGCCGCCGGCCUUCUUCGACACGCGCGGCGCCUCUGGCCAAGUCUCGAGCCGCCUUCAUGGCGAUAUCACGGCGGUCCAGGCCGGUACCUCGGAAAAGGUUGGCAACAUCAUCACGACCAUCAGCUUCUUCAUCACCGUCUUCGUCAUCGCCUUCUCGCAGCAGCCGCGCCUCGCCGGUAUCCUGAUCUGCAUGCUGCCCGCGUUCCUGAUCUCGGGCAUCGUCGGCGGCAAAUACCUGGGCAAGUUCUUUGAGCGCCAGAACACGGAGGCUGCUUUGGCCUCGUCCAUUGCCUCUGAGGCUCUCGAGCACGUCGCCGUUGUCCAGUCCUUUGGCGCGGCCCCUCGUCUCGAGGCCAAGUUCGCUCAUCACAUGGCGCGCGCUCGCAAGUUCGCCACGAAAAAGGCCGCCAUUGCCGCCGUCCAGACCGGUAUGCUCUACUUCAUUACCUACUCGGGAAAUGCUCUGGCCUUUUGGCAGGGAAGUAUCCGCAUCGCCGACGCGGCGGAGCGGAAUGACGGUAGCGCCACUGUUGGUCAGAUCUACGCCAUCGUCUACCUCCUCGUCGACUCUUGUGUCAUGCUGGGAGGAAUUGCUCCCACUCUUCCUUUCCUGGGAGGUGCCGUCGCCGCUUACCAUCGUCUCAUGGAGGACAUCGAGGCUCCGUCUGCCAUCGACGGCACAUCUGACGCCGGACUUGUUCUCCCGUCGGGCACGGCAAAGUCCAUCGCCUUCCGCAACGUCUCGUUCGAGUACGCAUCGCGAGCGGGCCAACCUGUCUUGCAGAAUGUCGACCUGGAAUUCCCCGCUGGAAAGUACACGGCCAUCGUCGGUCUCUCCGGUAGUGGCAAGUCGACCAUUGCGGCUCUUAUUGCGCGUCUCCACGAUCCCACAGAGGGCACAGUCGAGCUUGAAGGUCAUGACAUGCGCGAACUCAACGUCAGGUCUGCCCGAAGCUUCAUCAGUUUUGUCCAGCAGGAACCCUCGCUUCUCGACCGCUCGAUCCUGGAGAACAUCGCCCUUGGACUCGUCAACUCGCCCAAGCCUGCUCACCAGCAUUUGAAGGCUCUCCUCAGCGGCCCCGAACUUGCGAAGCUGGCCACCAGCGGCAAGGACGCGCUCUCUUCGGCUGCUUCUCUGGGCCCCGAGUUUGCUGAACUCGCCAACUUGAUCCGCCACGCUGCAGAGCAGGCCGAUGCCGCCAGCUUCAUCGAGCGUCUCGAGUCUGGCUACGGAACUUCUGCAGGCCCCAGUGGCUCUCUCGUGAGUGGUGGCCAGCGACAGCGAAUUGCACUUGCUCGCGCCCUGAUCCGUGAUCCCGAAAUCCUCGUUCUUGAUGAGGCCACUGCGUCUCUUGAUUCUGCCAGCGAAAAGAGAAUCCAGCUCGCCGUCGAGCGGGCCGCCGCCGAGCAGCGGACCAUCAUCUCCAUUGCCCACCGUCUCUCAACCAUUCGCAACGCUGACAACAUUGUCGUCAUGCAGGCUGGUCGCGUCGUCGAACAGGGCACCUACGCCGAUCUCAUGGCCAAGGAAGAUGGUGAAUUCCACCGCAUGGCUAAGCUGCAAUCCGUUGGCUCUGCUGGCAGUCCCGACGCAGGAUCUGUCUCGGGCGACUCGUUCGACGCGUCGACCCUCAAGACGGACGUCCAUGUGAGCGAGAAGGCUGAAAUCUCUGAGACCAAGCAAGCUGUCGACGGCGAGACUUCUGCGGACAAGGACGGUGACAACGCCAAUGAGGAGCCCAAAGAUGAAGAGCUAGACGUCAUCAAGCCAUUCAGUUCCGUCAUGAAGGGUCUCGGCUGGUUGAUCCGACCAUCCCUCGGCUGGUGUGUCGUCGCCAUCAUCGCCGCCAUCUUCGUCGGAGCCACCUUUUCCGGCGCGGGUAUGAUCUUUGGCUUCACCGUCGGCGCUCUCAACCCCUGCGAGAACACCAUCGACAAGAUCCGAUCCAUGGGCCGGUUCUUCGCCGGGCUCUACUUCAUGCUUGCGGGCAUCGAGCUGAUUGCCAACUUCUUCGCCUGGUGGGGAUUCGGCAUCAUCGCCGAGAGACUCCUCUACAACCUGCGUGUGCUCUCGUUUCGCUCCCUUCUGGAGCAGCGCAUACAUUGGCACGAGUCUGAAGGUCGCACUCCGACCUCGCUGCUGUCCAUCAUCACCAAGGACAGCAUGGCGGUUGGCGCCUUUAGCGGGUCGACCUUCGGUACCGUCUUCGCCAUCUGCAUCAACGUCGUCAUUGCCAUCAUCAUCUCGCACAUCUUCGCCUGGAAGAUUGCCUUGGUGUGUUUAGUAACUGUCCCCCUCCUGCUAGGCUCUGGCUUUAUGCAGCUGCGCAUGUUGGCGCGUUACGAGGAGCGUCACCGCUCGGCCUUUUCUACUGCCACGUCGCUCGCCACCGAGGCCAUCCAGUCCAUCAAGACCGUGGCUACUCUGUCUCUCGAGAAGGAGUACAUGGAUUCCUUUGAGCGCCUGCUGAAGCCCCCGCGCAAGCAGGUUGUGCGUGCUUCCGUCUCUACCAACAUCUGGCUCGCCAUAUCCUACUCUACUGGCACCUUCGUCAACGCUUUGGCUUACUGGUGGGGCUCGCAGCUCAUGAUGAAGGGAGAAUACACGCAAAAAGACUUCCUCAUUAUCCUCGUAGCCAUGUUGACGAGUGCCCAGCUCUGGAGCAGUAUGUUCUCUCUUGCUCCGGAGUUCUCUCGUGCUCGCCUCGCCUUGUCUCGCGUCAUGACGGUCGUCGAUAUGGGAUCCAGCACCCACACUGGCAAGCCUGGCACAGAUCCCUCCAAGGCCGGUGACGAUGUCGAGGCUGCUGGAGAAGCAAAGACCGGUAGCCCCGAAGAUAACCAACGCCGCGGUGGCUCAAAGGUGGCCUUCAAGAAUGUCUCUUUCGCCUACCCGAGCCGUCCGGACGUCACCAUCCUCGACAAUGUCUCUUUCACUCUGCCACCUAACCAGUUCUGUGGCCUCGUGGGUCCCUCUGGAGCCGGCAAGUCUACCAUUAUGAACAUUGUGCAGCGGCUGUAUGAACCCACCGAUGGUGCCGUUGUCAUUGACGACCGCGACAUUGGAAAGCUCCCUGUUUCAUUCCGCGAUACGAUUGCCCUGGUACCUCAAGAGCCCGCUCUCUUCGAUGGUAGCGUGCGAUUCAACGUGGGAUUAGGUGCUCUGCCAGGCCACGAGGCGACUGAUGCCGAGAUCGAAGAGGCUUGCCGCUUGGCAAACAUCCACGACGUGAUCGCAGAACUCCCCGAAGGAUACGACACUGAGUGCGGCCCUUCUGCUUCUCGUUUGUCAGGUGGUCAGAGACAGCGCCUUGCCAUCGCCCGCGCUCUUGUUCGCCGCCCUCGCCUACUACUCCUCGACGAGAGCACCAGCGCCUUGGAUGCCGCCAGCGAGGCCGCGCUUCAACAGGGUCUCGAGAGGGCGUCGCGAGGCACAACAGUACUGGCCAUCACCCACCGACUGCAUACCGUGCAAAAGGCCGACGUCAUCUUUGUCGUCGAGGGCGGCCAGAUUGUCGACAGCGGACGACAUUCCGAGUUGAUGGAGCGCAGAGAGAGCUAUAGGCUCAACGCGAUGCAGCAAAUGCUGCAGUAA